AUGGUUUACUACUUCACUUCAAAUGUGGUCAGUCCGGCCGCCUUCAUUUAUGUCGGAAAGGACAAAUUCGAAAAUGAGGAUUUGAUCGAGUUUGGAUUGGACUCAGAUGUUUGGGUCGGUCUCCUCUCGCGCUCGCGCAACAAUUUCCUACCCGCUCACGUCUACGUACGCCUACGGGAUGGAGAAACAUGGGACAACAUUCCGGAGGAGCUUCUGGUGGAUUGCGCACAGUUGACCAAAGCGAAUUCGAUCGAGGGAAACAAGAAGGACAAUAUAACCAUUAUCUACACACCAUGGUCCAACCUCCAGAAGGACGGUUCGAUGGCCACUGGACAGGUCUCCUUUCAUAACCCCAAGCUUGUUCGCAAGGUGCUCGUGCGCGCGCGCGAAAACCCGAUCGUCAACCGACUGAAUAAGACUCGUGUCGAGAAGUUCCCCGACUUCCGUGCCGAGAAGGAGGAAUUCUUGAAGAAAAAGCGCAAUGGUGAGCGCAAGACUCGGGACCAGUUGAAGGAGAAGGAGAAGCUGGAGAAGAGAGAGCGGGAGCAGCUCAAGUGGCAGAAGGAUCAUGCAUACGACGACUUCUUCAGUGAGGAGAACAUGGAGGCGAGCAGCAAUCAGGACCGAAACCCGGAUUUCCUUGACGACUUUAUGUGA